GUUAACCUUUCUCCAAACUCCUUCUAUUUUUAACCUACAACUUUUUUUCCUUCAACUAUGGCUACCAUUUCAUCCACUGCCAACACCAGCUUUCAUCAGUUACAUACUUUCAACUCUGAGAACAAUAACAGUCACCUCUAUGAUGCCACUUUCUUUCCAUAUUUGAAUGGCAACGAAGGGACCAUUGUAGGAAGGCUUGGUGAACCAACCCAAAAGCUCAAUCCAUUCACCAGCACCAAAAAGUCCCCUCUUCAGAAGCUAGAAAAGAAAGAAGAGAAUGGAGAAAUCGGAGUGUUUGGAGCUGAAAAGUACUUCAAUGUAGGAGAAUCUGAGACCCCUAGAUCUGCCAGCAGCAUAUCCACUUCAAAGUACCUGCACCAGAGAGAUGAACCAGUGCCUCUAGCAACUAGAAAGCACACACUUCUGUACGGAACUCCAAGCAUGCGUUCUGAAUCAACUAGCAAUAGCCAGAGUGCUUUUCUGCAGAGUGGGAUGAAAAAUUCUUUAAGGAGUAAAAAAGAUAAGUAUCAAGCCAAGAGCGUUCUUGCUGGUCUUGGCUUCAAAUGCUCUUGUUCUGGCAAAGAUUCUGUUGAUGCAGGUGAAAUCAGUUUUAGCAAAACUGCUACUUACGGUGCAGUUCAUGGCAAAACAACAAGAAAGCUGGUGGAUAUUGCUGCUAUAGAUGCUAGCCAUUCAAUUAAAUUAAGCAAGCCUAAUGCAGAACUCUUGAAAAUCAAUAAUGUUUACUUCCAAAAGGAAGAGAAUUUUGGGGUGGGAGUGAACAGCAGAAAGAACAGUCUGCAAUUCUCGCCCAUGAGUUCUGCCUCAGGAAACCAAAACCAUCUUGUCAAAAUGCAAGCUCAACAAGAGGAAGAAGAGAUCAAACCAAGGAAAUCCUUGGAGGUGUUUGGGUCCCCCGUACUGAAGAAUAAGAUAAAGUCUUUGAGCUUUGACAGAAGGAUGGAAAUGUCCUCAAGAGAUGGUGUUCCAAGGACGGAAGAAAUUGAUUCAAACUACAUGAAUGAUGCGGCAAGUGAUGCAAGUUCGGACUUGUUUGAGAUCGAAAGCAUAAAAAGCAAAACCAACCCAUUCUUUGCAAGGCAAACAUCAGAUGCUGCUUCCGGGUGUGUGAGCCCCACAAAUGGUUAUGCACCGAGUGAGGCAAGCAUAGAGUGGAGUGUGGCCACUGCCAGUGCUGCAGUUAUGUCAGACUUUGAAGAACAGAUGUCAGAAGUAACCAUAAGGAGUCCAAUAAGGACAGCAUUUACUUUAUCAGAUGGAAAAACAAAAGCUUCUAGAGAGGUUCAGAGAAGGCGCCCUAGCAUGCUGUUGGGUUGCAAGAGCCACAAAUCAGUUAGAGUUGCCGGUGAUGCUUUCAUAACAUAUGAACAUCCAAGUUCUACACCCAAAAUUAGUAACAGGACUAAUACCUCUCAGAUUGCUAGGUUUCCUUCUGAGACCAAACCGGGAAACUUUGGUGCAAAAUAUGGACAACAACAUCACACUUAUGCCGCAUCACCACUGCAGCAUUCUCACUCACCACAUGCCUCAAAACUACUAUACAUUUAGCAUGGUAUUUUUCCCUUGGAAUUUGUUCAAUUAUGGUGAG